AUGCCAAGUAUCACUCCUCUUUUCUUUUUUUUUCCCUUUUUCCUCUUCAUAAUUUACCUCUUAUUUUUUUUCAUCCACAUUCACCCUUCUCAUACAUCACUCAUCCUAUCCUCCUUUCUUUCUGUCAUCUCUCAUUUACUGAUGUCUUUCCUCUUAGAUACACUUUCUCUUUUGGCCUCAUCUUCCUUUCUUUUCCUUGCAGUUUUAUACAGCAUCUUCCUUUCUUUUCCUUGCAAUUUUAUACAGCAUCUUCCUUUCUUUUCCAUGCAAACAUUUAAACAUCCCUAUUUUUAUCUUUCUUUUCUCUUUGCUCAAAGUUUACUCCAUCAAACAAUUCUUUCCUUAUCACUAUCUCUUUCCCUCUUUUCUAAUCUCUCUUCUUCUCCUUCUUCCAAUUAUCAGCUCAUAUUGUCACCAAUUAUUUCCUUGGAUCUCCUUUUGUCCACUCCUUCUACCAUCCUUUUAUCCCCAAGCUCUAUCCUCCUAACCACUCUUUUCCCCUCUAUCCUCCUAACCACUCUUUUCCCCUCUAUCCUCCUAACCACUCUUUUCCCCUCUAUCCUCCUAACCACUCUUUUCCCCUCUAUCCUCCUAACCACUCUUUUCCCCUCUAUCCUCCUAACCACUCUUUUCCCCUCUAUCCUCCUAACCACUCUUUUCCCCUCUAUCCUCCUAACCACUCUUUUCCCCUCUAUCCUCCUAACCACUCUUUUCCCCUCUAUCCUCCUAACCACUCUUUUCCCCUCCCAGCACUCUCCUCCUAACCACUCUUUUCCCCUCCCAGCACUCUCCUCCUACCACUCUUUUCCCCUCCCAGCACUCUCCUCCUACCACUCUUUUUUUCCCCAUUGUUUUUCCAUAUAUUGCUUCUUUCCAAUUCUUUUCUUGUAUCUAUUUUUUUCAAAUGUUUUCUCAUUUCACUCUUUCCAAAUUGGCUUUUUGUAG